AAUGGUGGAUUGCGUUACUUUUUCUCGUGCUCUGUGUAAAAUAUUUACGUAAAAUAGUGUUAUUCUUGUGGUGCAGUGUUUCUGACUAAUAGAAACAUGUCGGAAACACUGCCGAAUAAUAAAAAACAAGUUCCGAGGCAGUUGCGGGAGCGCAAGCAACGCAAGCUGUACUCGGACGAGUGGGCGCUCGGCGACGAUGAAGUGGAGGGUGGGCGCGGGUUCUCUCUCGCUGACAAGCUGGAGAGCGCGCGCUUCGAGCACACGGGAGCGGUCAUCGAGAUGCAGGGCGGUGACCUGACCAUCGCCUACCUCCAGAAGCACGGCUUUACUACACCUCUGCUGUUCAAAGAUAAAGCUGGGCUGGGACUCAGAGUGCCCACCAGCAACUUCACAGUGAACGACGUGCGGAUGUGCGUCGGCUCGCGGCGCCUGCUCGACGUCAUGGACGUCAACACGCAGAAGAACAUCGAGAUGACGAUGAAGGAUUGGCAGCGCUACUACGACGAUCCGAACAAGGAGCGGCUUCUGAACGUGAUAUCUCUAGAGUUCUCCCACACGCGGCUCGAGAACUACGUGCAGGCGCCGCGCAUCGUCCGCCAGAUAGACUGGGUCGACACCGUCUGGCCGAGGCACUUGAAGGAACAACAGACUGAAUCCACAAACGCGUUGGACGACAUGAUGUACCCCAAGGUGCAGAAAUAUUGUCUGAUGUCUGUCAAGGGCUGUUACACAGAUUUUCACAUUGAUUUUGGCGGGACAUCUGUUUGGUACCAUAUUUUAAGAGGGGCAAAAGUAUUUUGGCUGAUACCACCCACUGAAAAGAAUCUGCAGCUGUAUGAAAAAUGGGUGCUCUCUGGAAAGCAGUCAGAUGUUUUCUUCGGGGAUACAGUCGAAAAAUGCAUCAGAGUUCAUCUACAAGCCGGCCACACGUUCUUCAUCCCGACUGGCUGGAUCCACGCGGUGUACACGCCCAGCGACUCGCUCGUCUUCGGUGGCAACUUCCUGCACCAGUUCGGUAUAGAGAAGCAGCUCAAGAUCGCUCAGGUCGAGGAUGUUACCAAAGUACCCCAGAAAUUCCGGUACCCGUUCUUCACGGAGAUGCAGUGGUACGUGCUCGACCGGUACGUGAGCGCGCUGCUCGGCCAGUCCCACCUCAGCGUGGAGGCGCAGCCGCCGCCCACGCACACCCGACCCACAGAACACGUGCACCUUACACAGAACGAGCUGCACGGACUCAAGGCGAUCGUGGUAUACCUCCACCAGCUGCCGCAGGCGCGUAAGUCUGUGCCGGAACUGCUGUCGGAGCCGAUCGCGCUCGUCAAGGACGUACGCACGCUGGUCGAACAGCACCGACACGACAAACAGUCGCUAGCAGUCACCGGCGUACCGGUGCUUAAAGGUCCAGACGAAGUAGUGACAGGCGAAAGACGGCACUCGUCAGGUCGGGGGCGUGGCGGACGCGGCGGCGGCGCCGCUCGACCGCGACCCGAGCACGCACACGGCACGCCACGACGUAGACGCACCAGAUGUAAGAAGUGCGAGGCGUGUCAGCGUACGGACUGCGGAGAGUGCGUGUUCUGUCACGACAUGGUCAAGUUUGGCGGACUGGGUCGCGCGAAGCAGACUUGUAUCAUGCGACAGUGCCUGCAGCCAAUGCUACCGGUGACAGCGUCGUGUGCGGUCUGCCACCUCGACGGCUGGAUGCAGACACCCGUCGCGCCCCAGGCUAAGGGUAACUCGGGUCGCAACGGGCCGUCGAACCUGCGUGAGUGUUCAGUGUGCUACAGCAUCGUGCACCCGGCGUGCGUGGCGCCCGGCGGGACCGUCAACGAGGACCUGCCCAACUCGUGGGAGUGCUCCACGUGCACGCAGAUGGGGUUGAACCAUGAUUAUAAGCCACGUCACUUCCGCGCCCGCCAAAAGUCUUCAGAUCUCAGACGCAUGAGCACAAGUUCCGACGCGAGUCAGCUCAGCUUGCAGAAUAAACUCCCCGCGCCGCCGCCACCGCUCUCUAUAAAGACUGAAGCUGGAUCUGACAGUGAAAACAAAAAUAACCUGUCGGGUCUCAAAAAUGAAGAUGACAUCAAGAGCGAGCUAGAAGACGGGGAGGGUGUACCGGAGGGCGGCGAGGGGCGGGAGGGCGAGUGGGAGCCGACCAACAAGAAGCGCCGCGUCAGCGAUGAGGACGAGGCGCCUAAAAAACAGGCGUUGCGAGCGCACCUCGCGCUGCAGCUCACGCACCAUUCCGCUAAGAACCUGAAGAAGCCACUAUACCCGGUGCGUCCGGCGGGCACGAUCGGCGGCAGCCCGGGCGGGCCGUGGCUGGACCGAGACGCAAUGCUGUGCGUGUUCGCCAAGCUUACGCCGCACGACCUAGCUACGUGCGCGCUCGUGUGCAAGAGCUGGGCUGAGUUCUCGAUGGACCCGUCGCUGUGGCGCAGCAUGUCGUUCGUGCAGGUGCGCGUGUCGGCGGCGCAGCUGGCCGGCAUCGCGCGCCGCCAGCCGCUCAGCCUCGGCCUCGAGUGGUGCCAGCUCGCAAGACGACAGCUGCUGUGGUUGCUAUCACGGUUGCCGGCUCUUCGAUCCCUAUCGCUCGCUGGGUCGCCGGCGGAGGCGGCGCUGGCUCUGCGCAACGUGACGUGCCCGCCGCUCACUGCCCUCGACCUGUCGUUCGCGCGGUGUCUCGACGACGUGAAGCUUCGCGGCAUCCUCGCGCCGCCCGAGAACUCGCGGCCCGGCGGCGGCGCGCGCACCGGCACGGAGCCGUCGCGCCUCGCCAACCUGCAGGUGCUGCGGCUGCCCGGCACCGAUAUCACCGACGUCGCCAUGCUGUAUAUAGUGCAGUCGCUGCCGCGGCUGUGCGAGCUGGACGCGUCGUCGUGCGCGCGGCUGACGGACGCGGGCGCGGCGCAGCUGGCGCACCACACGCUGCAGCGGCUGUCGCUGGCGGGCUGCCGGCUGCUCACCGAGGCGGCGCUCGACCACCUCGCCCGCUGCCCCAACCUCGUCAGGUUGGACCUCCGACAUGUGCCGCUGGUGUCGACGCAGGCGGUGAUCAAAUUCGCGGCCAAGUCGAAGCACAACCUCCACGUUAAGGAUGUCAAGCUGGUCGAGCUGCGGAACACCUGAUCCGAGGCCCCCGGCGUCGACGACGCCGCCGACAAAACUGAUGACGUCGACGCCGCCGACGCCGGUGACGUCACUGAAGCCCAGUAGACUAACUAGUGCCGAGUGUAUGUGACUGCAAUGGACUAUUACGCCGUUUUUACGCUGUCGUUGCGAACCGCGAAACUGUUAAAGCGAGAUGCAAGAUGGUGUGUGUGUGUGAUGUUUGAGACAGCAGAUUUGUUAGACACUAGCGGUUUGCGGCGUUAGAGUGCUAGCGUGAUCGCGUUCUACGAGGUGUGGACGUUGUUAAAGUAUAUUUUAUCAUUUUGACGAACUAAUCUGCACAACAUAUCAUAAUGGUAUGACUAUUGGCCCUUCAGUUCGAGUGAUGUAAGCAAUCAAAAGACUAAAUUGCCUUUUAGGGAACAUUGAUAUAGAUCAAAAUUAUUUAUCCCUACUAGGGUUUGUGGACUUUAUUUUUAUAAGUCAAAUUUCGAUUUCAAAUAGUUAUUGUACUUAAAGUAGUCGAUUUUCUAACCAUUGAUUGCUUUGAUUGUACAGUGGUUGGAAUAUGUGUUUGUGUGGUAAUUUUGUGUUAGGUCUUUGGGCAUUACUUUGAAUCUUCUUUAAGGCUUAAUGACAUUAAGGUCUUAGUGCCUAGACCGCGUAGUACCUAUCAGUAUGUCAUAAGAACUGGCAAGCUUAUGCGACUAAACUAUUAGUGUAAAAAUUGUUUUAAAUUUUGACAUCAUGAUAAAAAGCUUUUUUACUUAAAAAUAAGUGAAGAAAUUAAUUUUGUUUACGUAUAAGUUAUAUCGUAAAUUUACUAUCAAGACGAGAUAUUAUUGUCAAUUGAUUUUUACCAAUGCUUGGUAUUGCAUAUUGUUUAUCAAAAUUAUAAUGCCUUUAUUUCAUACGAAAACAAGAGAAAUUAAAUGACAGUUAAUCAACGAUCAACUAGAACUUAGACUGGUGGGAUCGGGUUAUUUUUUUGUGAUUUUUGUCGUCAAUAUCACAAAGGUAUAUUUUAUACCUUACAUAUUUUAAUUAUAUUCAUUUAUCAAAUUCAAGUCAGUGAAUGUAAAAACAUCGAUAUAAUUAAUAUCGUUCGUGCCAAUUAUGCACAUAUUUGCACAGCACAAUUCAUAUAUUAUAGUUAAAUGUGUUAAUUUUAUUGCAUGCUGUUUAAUCGGAUCAUAUUUUAUUGUUAUUUUUAUUUAUCAAACAAAAGGUUUAACCGGGAGUACUUUUUCAAUCAAAUAUUGAGUUUAGACUGAUUUAAAUAAAUUUUAAAUAUAUAUUUGACUUGUAUAGCGAAACUAGUGUAUAUUGUAAGCGAGUGUAAAUAAUAUUCAAUACGUAAUUAUUUUGUAUCAUUUUAGAAAAAUCUAUGCAGACCAACGUUUUCGAAUCUGUUGACAGUCGGCACAUACUUUGUAAAUACAAUAAAAUAGGACACAACUAAGUAUGUUAAAUUGUACGUUUAAUUUCACUUAUCAAUUAUAUUAUAUGUUUUAAAUAGAUCACACGGUUAACCGCGCAUUUUGUAUAAUUUCUUUAAGUUUAUCAAUUGAGCAGGCAAUAAAUAUUUCGUUAAAUACUGUAUUAUAAUUAGUUCUAGUCGCUUAUUACAGUAAGGUAGUUUAUAUUUAACGGCAUUUUGUGUAUUAAAUAUUGAUUGAGGCUGAGAAAAUUCAAUAAACACACUGGUCCUAAAGUAAUUACUGUCUAAUUUUACACAAAUCGACGGCUUUUGUAAAAUAAAACGAUAGUUUUUAAGAGAACCGACUCCGGUCCGGUAGAGGUCGGGGGCCGCCUAUAGAUAUAGUUUAGGAAAUCUAUUACUGUUGAUCUACAAAAUGUAUAUUUGGCAAAAUUUUACUAAGGUCCAAACAGCGAAUCGAGGCACAAAAGUUUACAUAUAAAAAUGAAAUUCUGUGCCCGGUCUCGUCAUUUAGAUAGAGAAACUAAAGUGAACAAAACGACUUAUAAAAUAUUGCCUUGUGUACAUUUAGCGUUUAAACUAGCGAUAGCCUUAAGCAAUGUGUGCCUCUGUAUAGAGACUAGGAGAUGUUAAGGUUAUAUCAGAGUUGUUUGAUAUGUUUGAAAUAGAAACCAAAAUUAGAGAUGAUAUUGAUGAAUUUAAGAUUUACUUUAUACGUAAGUUGUAGGUACGGCGCUGCGUGAUGUACACAGUCUGUGUAGAUAUAUUACAUGUUAUGAGUGUCGUAACAUUGUAUCAUUGGUUACCAUAACACUAAUAGUAUGUCAAAUAAAUAUUUACAUUGA